ACAGACCAACGUAUAUGGUAAAUUGGAUCCUCCUAGAGUUUCUUUAUUUAAAAUAGAUAUGAACAGCGAUUUGCAAAGAUUUUCUUAACUACUAAAUGUUUCUAUAUCGAUCGUAUACAUAUACAUUUAGCGUACGGAUACGAAACGUUACGUAUAUGUACGCUAUCAUACUUAUCAAAUGAAAAUUUAUGAAAUCACGAAUAGUCGUUACGUUACUUUCGACUGUAUCUUUACCGUAUCGUUAGACAUUGAUUUCAGAGAAAUUGCUACUAUUUGUGUAUAACGAUGACAAAACUGGAAAUGUAUCGAGCUUAUGCUCGUUUUGUAAAACGCAUGCUUCUACUUGGAGGAAUAUAUCCUAUGAUUGAAAGUUCUAUUCUCUAUCGACAGUUGCCCGUUUUAACGUUAUUAACUAGUUUUAUUAUGUUUUUUGGUGUAGUGAGAUUCUGUUUAUAUAAUAUCAACAAUUUGAGUGUUUUUACAAAAAGCUUAAGUUUGGUUGGUAGUUUCUCUUUGAUGAUUGUUAAGGCAUUUAUGUUCAUCAUAUAUCGGAAACAAUUCUAUGAACUACAUAGUACGCUCGAAUUAAUGUACAAUGAAGUACUUGAAAAUUCGACAUUUAGACCCAUCGUUCUAUCGACGAUAAAUUUAUUCCGAUAUCCAGCAUAUAUGGUAUAUUAUUUAAUAUUGGGCACUAUGAGCUUGUAUAUUUUUGCACCAAUUAUAAUAAUUGGAUACGAAGGAAUCAAAGGUGUAGAACCUAAACAUUAUAGUCUUCCAUUUCUUACAAAUUUUCCAUGGAUUGAUGGAACACCCGGAUUAAUUUAUCAAAUACAGUUUUUGUUUGAGACACAAUGCGUUUGGUUUAUUAUAUUUGUUACGGGCGGUGUUGAUUCAUCUUAUGGUUUUUAUUUAUUUCAAAUGAUUGGGCUGUUACGUGCUAUGUCCUUCGAAUGUGAAAACACUUUUAAAUCUUCUAGCGAAUUUAAGACCACCUUAUAUAAUUGCAUCAAGAAGCAAAUACGAUUAUUACGUUGUCGCGAUAUUAUCCAACAAAUUUAUGGACCCAUUGUGCUUGACUUAAUGUUGACUAACGCUAUCGUUUUGUGUGCCUUAAUAUUUCAAGCGCUUCAGACAGAAAUGACUAUAGGUAAAAUGCUUAUAUUUGUGAUUUAUGGAUUAUUAAAAACUAUUCAAGCGUUUAUGUAUUCCUGGUAUGGAAGUAUUAUUGUUUCAGAAAGUGAAGCAUUUCAACGAAGUGUAUAUUGCAGCAAAUGGUACGAAUACAGCGAAAAUACAAUGCUUAUGAAAGAUGUUUUGGUAAUAUUAACGCAAAAACCGAUUGUACUCAUAUCAUGUCAUUUUUCACAUAUUUCGUUGAAUAUCUUUAUUAAGGUAAAAAAAAAAGGGUACAAUUAUAUACUUGAUAUCAUUUAUUGGAAAAUUUUAUCUUUCAAAUUGAUACUUUUUAAAAAACAGAUAACAAAGUAUAUCUUUCAAUUUCUAGAUCAUUAAUACGUCAAUGUCUUAUUAUUUCUUAUUGCAAACAUUUGACGAACGUAAUACAAUAAAUCAAGACAUAGUUAGUUCUUAAACUUUUUUCUUGUAUCAAGAGCAAGCUUGGCUUGAAAUCAAAUGAGUAGUGAAUUCAUCAACUUCUUAUUUAAUGUCAUGCAAAUAGUUUGAAAGUAUUUAGAUAAAAUUUAAGAUAUUGUUAUAAUAUAGGUAUGUAUAUGUUUAUAUGAUACAUCUUGUACAUGAAUAAAAUUACUAGGAAUAUUGUAAAGUACUAUAUACCAAUAUUACUAUACUAUAUAGUAAUUAAUAUGAAAUUGAACAUUGUUUAAAAAAAAUAUCAUAGAAUCAUU